AUGAAUGGUAGCAGUGAUCAUACCCAACCCAAAACCGGCUCCCGGAGGACCGCCGCCGCUGUGGCCGCUAACGGCGGCGGAAAGCCUCGCGGAUGGUGUAAAGGGCUGACUGAUUGUAUCAUUUUGGGGCCCAAUAAUGGUUCACGAUACCACUCAACUGCUCCUACAAACGCCACUCAUCGUCAACUGGUGACAGAAAUGGAGAAGGAAGUAGAGAGGCAGAAGGAGCUAAAGGGAAUGUACAAAAUGAAGCUGGAAAGAACACAGAAUUAUUUAAGGUAUUGUCUCCAAGUGGCCCAAGAAAAUGGUUUCUUGGACUUCAUCAUCAACAACAAACAAAAACCUCAGCAAGAAGUUGCAUCAUCCUCAAGCACUAUCUGUAAUGGGAGUAUGAGUCCUGUGAUUAGUACACCUCCCACACCGCAACCGCUCUACUAUUCAAAUCUUGAAGCCCUCAUUCAUCAAGCCAAGCUUAAUGGAUGGCACAUUGAACCCCAUGAGAUAGAACUGCAAGAACUGGUAGCGCAAGGAACCACGGCGGACAUAUACAAAGCAAGGUGGCGCGGCCUCGACGUGGCCGUGAAAUGCAUAUACCCGGAUUUCUUCCACUCCAACGACAACGGCGUCGGCUUCUUCGCGCAAGAAGUGGAAACCCUAUCCCGGCAACGCCACCGCUUCGUGCUAAGCCUGAUGGGAGCGUGCCUGGAGCCGCCGGACCACGGGUGGAUAGUGACGGAGUUUCUGGGCACGACGUUGAAAGAUUGGCUCCACGGCCCCGGCAAGAGGAGACGAGAGAGAAGGGUUCCUCUUCCGCCCAUUGCAGAGAGGUUGGGUAAGGCCGUUGAGAUCUCGCAGGCGAUGCAGUAUCUCCAUGCGCAGAAGCCAUUGAAGGUGCUUCAUAGAGACUUGAAGCCUAGCAACAUUUUUCUUGAUGAUGCGUUUCAUGUUAGAGUUGCAGAUUUUGGGCAUGCUAGGUUCCUAAGCUACCAGGAAAAGGCUUUGACCGGAGAAACGGGAACUUAUGUUUAUAUGGCUCCCGAAGUAAUUCGCUCAGAGCCUUAUGAUGAAAAAAGUGAUGUGUAUAGUUUUGGCAUUAUAUUGAAUGAGCUUAUUACCGGUGAACAUCCAUAUAUUGAAACCGAGUAUGGUCCUUCAAAGAUAGCCAUAGAAGUUGCAGAGAAUGGAUUGAGGCCAGCACUUCCAGAGCAUGAUGAUGAUGACCAAACAAAAGAGAUAAUUGAGCUCAUACAACAUUCAUGGGAUGAAGAUUCUUCCAUGAGACCAUCUUUUGCAACACUCACAUGUGCCCUCAUAAACAUCCACAAAGCACUACUGACCCAUGAUGCUUUAUAGUAUGUAGUAAAUUUUCAUAAAUUUAUUACUCACAUGUACUGUCGAAUAUACCAAUUUAUUGCCAUGGAGGGCCUUCGAUUUUUAUUAUACAAAUUUUAACUCCAAAUUUAAGGGUACGGUGUCUCACCAUUCCUGUCAUGGA